AUGCACGGUAUUCUGGCAUUGUCCGCCCUUCAUCUAUCACAUCUGCACCAGGAUGGGCGGCAAACAGCGUGGCUUGACAUAGCUAUAGCACACAAGAGCACUGCACUGUCCAUGUUCUCGGAUCAGCUCCACAAUAUCAGUGAAUCGAAUGCAAAAGCAAUGGUGAGCUUUGCCAGCCUAGCUGUGGCAUUCAGUUUCGCAAGCGCUCUAAAUUGUCAUGACCCAGCAGAUGGUCCAAGUCUCAGGGCCUUGAUAGACGUUUUUACUUUGGCUCGUGGUGUGCAGACAGUUGUCAAUGGGGCCACCGAGUUUCUUCGACAGAGCAAUUAUGCGCCGCUCUUCAACAUCACCGUUCCCGAGGUGAACAUUCCUGACCAUGUUCUCGCGGCAUUUGAUCGCCUCGACAAUUUGAAUAACCAGUGCAGUCAGCAAUCAUCCACUCAUAAUAAAACGCCAUAUGAGCGAGCCAUCACAAAUCUGCGGGAGCUUGUUGUAUUCACCUAUGCAGAGCCCAAUUCGUUGACAAUGGCUGCGGGGUGGGCCAUUCGGGCCCCGGUAGAUUAUCUUAGUGGCCUGAAGAAUUACGAGCCUCUUGCGUUGGUGGUGCUAGCCCACUACUGCGCCUUCCUGCAUCUCGCUCGAGAGAACUGGUGUGCUGGGACCUGGGGCCGUUCAGUCCUGGAGGAAAUUGUGCAGACAUUGGAUCCGAAUUGGCAAUGCCAUAUUGAUUGGGCUAUCAAACAAGUUACGGAAUGA